GGGGCUGCAGCGGAGCCGCGGAGCGGUGGCCGGAACCGCAGGGACGAGCGGACUCCGGGGUAGCAAACGAAAUGGAACAGAAACUCCGCAGCUGUAGCAGGAGCCGAGGGGAGGCCCGGCAGGCAGGGCUGCUGAGUUACAGCGCAGUGAAAAACCCGGAGCAGUGGCAGAGAAGCGGCGGGGCUGGGCAGGGGCCGCUCGGCUCCCGAGCGCCGCCGGGAGAGGCUCCCUCGGAGCGGGAGGGGACUCGGGGAUCCCGGGGUGUCCCCUGAGGCACCCGAGUAGAUGGGGAGGGUCCUUUGUUCGGUUAGGCAGGGGUUAAUAAGGUCCCGGAGCCACGGCCGCUCUCCUGAGCAGUUCCGCUCACGGUGGAAGGCAGGAGGAGCCCGUCCCGCAGAGGUGGCGAAUUCUGCCCGCAGGGAGCGCAGCCUCGGAGCCUCCCCUCUGAUGUCCAGAGCGAGAGAGAGCCACAGCCCCUCCUGCCAGCCCGCAUCUCCCGGCACCUCUGCCCUUCCCAGGAGAAAGCCCCCAGCUGCCACAGUGCAGCCAGCUCCACUCCUCCCCCUUCUCUUGGCCAUAUCUUGAGUCUCUUAAGUGUCGGUGGCUAUUGGCUCUUAGCAACAAAUGGGAGAAAAUUCCCUGAGAGAAAGAAACAAAAGGAAAAGUCCUAACCUCCAUCAACAACAAAUGAUAGCAAAGAAAGUGUAAUGAUCGAACCUCAUAAUUUAACGAUGGGAUCACAAUUCCAGGGAAACCCAUGAGAGGAAUAGCGGAUUUGUCUUUACAAACAAGCUGUGGAUCUGCUGGUAGAUAAAACCAAAACUGGGAGAUAAAAGAAACAAUGGGAAGGAUUCCACUGAUUGAUGAAUGGAAAAAGAUAUUUGCUUUUACAAAUAAACUUUAGGUUUGCUGAUAAACGAAAUUAGACAUUGAAAGAUGAAAGAAACAAUGGGGAAGAAUAACCCCUAAAUUCCAUAAGAGUUAAAAAUUCAAAGGGAGGGUUGUACAUUAGAGGGAAAUCUUUGGGAAGUCUUUGGUAUCAGGCAUAUCAGAGAGUCUGUACCUCUCAAGUACCUCAGCCAGUGGGGAAAGAGAGAAGGGAAAUGUGGCCAGGAAAUUAGGAUAAAAAAGAGGCUGCAUCCUCCAAAAAUUUGAGAGAUGGCAGGGGAAUGCCCUGUGGCCUUUAUUUGAAUAAAGCCAGAAAGGACUCCUCUGUCUCCUUUUUGGACACAAACCUCUGGUGUUUGUGGAUUAAUUUUCCUAGCACCCAGCCUGCAAAGCUGGGGAUCAAAGCUGCGUGUCCCAGCCAACUCCACGUGCCAAGGGAAGGAUGUGAGCACUGAAGCGGUGUGGAGUGAAAGGAUUUGGGGAGGACAAGGUGUCAGACACGCCAGAAGAGUGCAAGAGGAACUGGUCAUGGGUAAAGUGGAACUGGUCAGUGCUCCAGGCCGGGGUUCAGGCCAUGUCUGCAAAGCCCCCUGGCAGCAGCUGCCCUUGCACCCUGCUUGAUUUGUGCUCAGCUGGUGCCUUCCAGAGUGACGUGACACAGCAGAGUGGAAUCCCUUGUGUUCCCUGUGCCUGGCAGUAAGGCCAUCACCCCUGGGCACAGGAGGAGCCGCCUGCAGAGCAGAGGGGUGGGAUGCAAAGCCCAGCACACGCUGUUCCCCCAUUUACCAGCUGGGCAAUCGAGGUGGCACAUGCCCUGCACACAUCUCCACCAUGAGCCCACGCAGCAGGACAGAACUGGGCAAACCGCCGGGGCAGAGCCAUCCCUCCCCUUCCUUUUCCCAGAACACAGCCUGGAAACCCAGAGCAGGGCCACUGCUCUGCAGCUGGUGUCCCCAGGUGCCAUCCCCAGGGCUGGAGGUGCCCAAGAGGGCUCUGAGCAUCCUGCGCAGGGAGAUACAGACUCCUCCAGCACUCAGGGGCUCUUAUCAGCCACCUGCAGCUGGGCUGCAGCAGACCCUGUGAUGUAAACAGGACUGGGCACUGCAGGAACAGGAGGAAUUGCCAAAUUCAAGUGUUGGAUGAGGUCCCACAUGGGCUGGCAGCUUCAGGGCAUGGGAGGUGAUUGCCCAGAGGAUGGGAGGGGGAAGCUUGGUGGGGUGGUACCCAGACAAACUCCCAGGUCUGCUCUCCAGGCCAUCCAGCCCCUCUGGACUGUGCCCUGCUCGCUCAAACAGGCUGGAAGUGCUGGGCAAGCUCGGUCCAGCCAUGGGCAGAUGAGGGGAUCAGAGGAGUGGGAAGCAGACUGCAGACCCUUCAACCCACCUCAAGCCUGCUUUCCUGGAGUCAGCCUGCAGGCUGGGCAGGCAGUCCUCGAGUCUUGGAAUUCCCACUUCCAGCAGUGAAUCCUGUCUCCCCUGCUGCUGAUUGACUGUGGAUAUGCUGGCAUCCAGGAUGGAGACAGUACAAAGUGAGACCCUGAUUGAUGAGGUGGAGGAGAUGAGUGGAAGAGCUGACGUGACUCUGGACCCAGACACCGCCAACCCCUUCCUCGUUCUGGCCAGUGACCAGCGAGGGGUGGGCCGGGGGCACGAGUGGGCGCUGCUGCCCGACAGCCCCGAGCGCUUUGACACGGAGCCGUGCGUGCUGGGCAGCCAGGCCUUCGCUGCAGGGAGACACUGCUGGCAGGUGGAGGUGGCCGAGGCGGGGGACUGGUGGGCAGUGGGAGUGGCCCGGGAGUCUGUCAGGAGGAAGGGGGUCCUCAAUUUUACGCCCCAGGAGGGGAUCUGGGCCGUGGGGCAGUGGUUUGGACAGUACCACGCUUUCAGUGAUCCUGACUGGACCCCACUGCACCUUCCCUGCCUCCCCAGGGCCAUCCAGGUCUGCCUGGACUUCACCUACAAGCAGGUGACUUUUGCUGAUGCUGAGAGUGAAGCCCCAAUCUUUGCUUUCUGCCUGGCCUCGUGUGCUGGGGAGAGGCUGCGCCCGUGGCUCUGGCUGGGGAUGGGCUCGUGGCUCAAGCUGUGCCCCUGACAGGGAGGGAACAUCAGGGGCAGGGGAGAGGCUGGAAAGGCAAACGCCAUCCAUCACCUUGGGUCCUGGUGCUGGGAACUGGGGGUUCCUGCAUCCUGCUGGCUUCUCAUGAGGAUCCUCUGGCCCCCAAGGAGAGGACGGGCAGCUCAUGGAGGUGGAUGCCACAACAGAGCCUCCUUUAUCCCCCCACCCCUCGGCUGGCACUGCGGGGACAACAGGGAGCACAGAGACUGGGAGCAGGGAGGGGCUUGGUGCCCGGUGGUCCCUGGCAGGGACCAUCACUGAGUGCCAGGGCACUGCAGAGCUGCUCUGUAUGAGGCCAUGGAAAAUGCAGCAGGGUCCAGCUCCUCCCAGGGUGCUGGUGUAGGGCCUCUGGCUUUUUUCAAUUAAGUUAAAAAACCCCAGACAUAGCAGGAUACCCAUGAUAACACUUAUCUUCCCCACACAUCCAGAGCCUGUCCUUGCCUGAUGUGCACCAAGCACGUUUCUUGCAGCAGAGCACUGGGAGCAGUGCAGGGGCAGCAGCAGGGGCAGCCCAGGAAGGAAAGCAGAAUGCUGAGCUGGGUCUGAAACCCACAGGAGAGGCUGGAAUCCACAAGAAGGGCCACAGAUCUGCCAUUCUCAAGGUCCCACCUCACGGGAUCCUGCUAAAUCCUGUCCUUAGGAGAGGAGAAGGUGAAGAGGGACAUUGCCUGGGUCCAGCCUAGAUUUCAUCAUUUCUGGUUGGACCUUCUUUACUGCCACUUCAGUUGUCAUUUUUGUGGUGGCAUCUGGGCACAGACAACAAUAUUGGUCUCCCUGCUCUACUCCAGGAGCUGCAGUUGCAGGACUGGGUCAAGCCCAGGUAUCUGCCCCCAGAGCUCUGCCCUAAGCCUCUUCCACUGUGGUAGCAUCAAGACUGGGGAAACCCAGGGUUCUCUGCUCCCACAGAGGUACUUGCUACUGUCCAUGGGCAGGAGCCUCUGAGACUGUCCUAUUUUCCUUGGGAUAGAGUUAAUUUUCCUCUCAGUGGCCAGCACAGUGCUGGGUUUGGGAUUUAAGGUGAGGAUAAUAUUGAUAGCAACAAGCCAGCCAUCAGGCAUGUGGUGUUUACGUGGCCUUCUCUGUGCCUCAUGCUCUGCCAGUGAGGAGUUGGACGGGAAGCUGGAGGGGAGCACAGCCAGGACAGUGACCCAAACUGGCCAUUCAGAUAUUCCACACCAUAAAACAUCCUGCCCAGUGUGUAAACUGGGGGAGCUGCUGGUCAGGGGCUGAUGGCUGCUGGGAGACAAGCUGGGCACAGAGCAGCGGGUGCUGAGCACCUACACUGGGCAUCACUUGUUCCACUUGGGGUUUAUAUUUUUUUCAUUAGAAUUAUUAUCAUUAGUAUUAUUAUAUAUUACUUUUAUCUCAAUUAUUAAGCUGGUUUUAUCUCAAAUAAAAAGGUUUUUUUCCCCCAUCCCCCUUGGA